CGACCGACUUCCGCCGGUGGUCUUCCUCAAGUAGGUGGAAGUCCGACUGCUUGCACUGCAGCAUCGGCAGUGGCCUCAGCGGCUUCAGCUGCCGCCGCUGCCGCAGCCUUUCUCUUCUCCGACAGCCUAAGACGCGCCGGCGGCUCACGACCUCUUUCUACUGAUGGCUCUCAAACUCCGGAUCGCCAUCUGGUGCCCACCGGUCUCCUUCCGCUGAUUGAAAAUGUUUCUCGGUCUAAUCUAAAUUCCGGGGAAUGUAGACGAGUUUCUUCCUUCAUCGUUUCCAAUAGAGAGGGGAACGGAUUUGUAUCGAGUGACGGAAACAGGGGCCAGCCCGAUUCCACACAUGAAGGCUUUUCUCAUAAUCUUCACAGUGUCGACACAACUGCUCCCGAUGGUCCGGCUUCGGCUCCUAUGAUUCGGCAGGCUACUGGAAGAACGUCUACAAAUGCGGACAGUUGGGCCGGAAGUGGAGCAGGCAGGACAUGUGUCGGAGGCUGCCGAUUAGGCUCGGCCACGCCUACUAUGGGCUCUACAGGUGGUGUACACGGCCAGUUGGUCAGCCUGAUUCGUCAGUCUCCGACGGCCAAUGGAGUGAGUUUAAUUGUCAUCUGUCCUGGGAAAGGUGAUGCUCUGUGCAUUAUGAAUGACGAGAUUCGUUAA